AUGCCAAUCUUUAAAUUGACAUUCAACUUGAAUAUUUUUGGAUUGACUCUAGAAUUCGUUUUGACCUCGUUGGAUAGCCUUGUAAACUGGAAUCGCACAUCAUCGAUCUGGCCAUUGACUUUUGGUCUUGCAUGUUGUGCCGUGGAGAUGAUGCACAUGGCUACUCCCCGUUAUGAUCAAGAUAGAUUGGGCAUUGUGUUUCGUGCAUCUCCUCGUCAGGCCGAUGUUCUGAUUGUUGCUGGUACUCUUACCAACAAGAUGGCUCCUGCACUUCGAAAAAUUUACGAUCAAAUGCCUAGUCCUCGUUGGGUCAUUUCCAUGGGUAGCUGUGCCAAUGGCGGCGGCUACUAUCAUUACAGCUACUCUGUAGUGCGUGGUUGUGAUCGCAUUAUUCCCGUAGACAUUUACGUUCCAGGCUGUCCACCCACAUCAGAGGCUCUUUUAUACGGUGUUCUACAACUGCAAAAGAAGAUGCGUCGUGAGCGUGUUGUCAAGAUGUGGUAUAGAUCGUAG